CCACCAGCCAGAAGCAGCAGCCAGCCAGCAGAAUCGUCUACGCGAGUUAGCGGUGAAGAUUGUGCGGUGCGGUUAGGGAGCGUUCGUCAAUUUUCGUUACCAUACUUGCAGCCAACGAUUAAAAAUUAUCCAGUAGCUGAUUUUCCCCGUUCUUUGUGGAUUACGGAUAGGAGUGAUUAACCGGAAAUCCGUCGUCGUUCCAAGUGUCGUGAAUCUGGAAGGUGUCAUAGCCUUUAGGAAAAUUAGUGUCCGUGUACUUUUUACGGCCUUCUAGAAAUUUGCUGAUCAACUUUUCUUCCUGCAACGUCUUCGUCAUCCUCUUGGAUAGAGGAAGCAGCAACGAAAAGAAUCGAAGAGGCGAGUGGAUUCCGGAGAUUCUUCAAAUCCGCAAGAACAUUAACAGUACUUGUUUGCAAGUCUGUUCAUUUUUUGUGAGUUGACUGUUUAUUAUCGUCCAAAUUCGAAACACCACUUCGAAACGGGAAUCUCCCCCCAAAACUUCCACACAAUAGUUGGUGACCAAGCCAUGCAAAUAUGGAUCUUACGAUUCUCGUUGUAAUCAUUGCCGGGACCUUGGCCUCGAUGCUCGGGUUGUACUUUUUUCUGAUGAAACCAUUGGCUGGAAAGUCGUUUGAAGAAAUUCAAAAGGAAAAACGCGAGAUGCGCGAAAAGAUUUUGGGCACGGGUGCAAGUGCCAGCGAGAAGUUGAAAACUUCCAAGGAUAACGCUAACAAGAAGGCUAAAAAGGGAGGCAAUAAGAAAUCACAGCCUCCCAAACAGAAAGCGGUGAAGGACUCUGAUUUGGACUCGGCUGAGGUGGAAAGCGAUUCAAACGCCUCCGAUAGUCCCUUGGAAGAGGAAAUCAAUCCAUUGACCUAUGCCAGGAAAACCAUCAACACUAGUGUGGAAUAUGCUGAAACCGAACCGUUUGCAUUGAGUGAAUCCCAUGGAAAGAAAAAAGACAAGCAACAGGGUCAAGGAAAGAAGAAUAAACAAAAGGGGGGAAUACUGCUCAACAAAUCGGAACCCGUGUUGGUGAAACAGGAAUCGGCUCCGGAGAUCAACCAUUUCGAAGAAAGCCAUCCCAAAGAUGCUUUAGAGAUUGCCCGUCAACAUAAGGAAGAAGAAGCGAAAACUAAAUUUCAACCAAAAGAGCAGCGCAAGAAUAAGCAGAAAGAUCAUCCUAAACCGUCCCCAAAAACUAGUGGCGUUGAAGAAAUUGCUGCGGCUCAAGUUGUUGCUCCUGUGACUGCAAAUAUUCCUCCUGUAGCCGAAGCUAAAACCGUUGCUAACAAGGAAAAAUCGAACAAAAAGAAGAAAAAUGAACUGAUUACCCAACAAUUGGCUGAAGUACAAGAUGUUGCUAACGUACAAUCGUUGGUGCGCAUUUUGGCCAAGGCUGAUAUGCCGCGAAAUGACAUUCAAAUUUUGAUCGAUUUCCUACUCAACAAGCAACAGGACACUUUGGCUAAGGAUCCUUCUGAAUGGAAUGAUCCAUCAGACCCUUUACAGAAGUUAAAGAAACAAUUGCAAGAUAAGGAAACCCAAUUGCUGGAGGAACAGCAGGCAGCUGCCAGUUUGCAGGCCAAAUUGAAAGAACUUCGUCAAGAACUGAAUAAUGAAAAGGUUCAAGGCGGCGCUACUCUCAAAAGCUACAACGAAGAGUUGAAUGCCAAGCGGCUUGAAGUACAGAAUCUCAAUCAGCAACUGCAGUUGGUUUCGGAGAAAUUCACCGCUGAGAAGCAAAACAUUUCUCAGCAAUUCCAACAAUUGCAAACCAAAUACGUGCAGCUGAAUGAGAAGCAUGCCGCCAAUCAGGAAAGUGCAGCCACGAUUGCUCAACUGAACGACAAUUUGCAGUUGCUUCAGCAUGAAUUGAUGGCCAAGGGUCAGCUGUUGAAUGAAAAACUGCAAAUUGAAGAGGAGUUAUUAAAGAAGAAGACUGAUUAUGAGAUUUUGCUUCACACUAAAGACGAACUGAUACAACAGCGAGGUCAAGAGCUAGCUGCCUAUCAGAAUGAGCUUCAGCAACUACGUGUCAUUGCCAAUCAGAAGGAUGAGCUCGCAAAAACUUGCCAACAGCAAGGCUAUGAGCUAGAACAAAUUAAAGCACAAUUUAGCGAACUGCAGGCUAAACAGAAGGAAGCAGCAGCCGCAGCCGUUGCCGCAGUAGCUGCCAACAAUCAGGUGGAAGAAACUAGCAAGGUCGAAAUUCGCAAUCUCCAGAAUGCAUUGGAUUCCAGCAAAACAGAGUUGGGUUUGUACCGAACGGCCGUAGCCGAAUGCCAAACUAAACUGGCCGACCAGGAGCAACUGGUCAAGGAAAUGAGAGCCCACAAAGACGAACUGCUGAAGCAGAUCGAGGAACAGAAGGCCAAAAAUAAUGAUUUACGAAUGAAGAACUGGAAGCUGGUUGAAGCAUUGCAACUUGCUCAAAAUAACAUCUCGGUAAAACAGACCGGCACUAACAAAAAUGAGAAUAGUAAAGUUGAGUUGAGCAAAAACGCAACCAACAAUCACACUCCGAUGCUAGCCUCGGAACCCUCAGUCAACGUCGAAAAGGUGAUUUUAGAGGAGCAAACACGCACCAAGGAUUUGCUAUUCAAGUUGCUUCCAUCAGAUAUUGUUUCGGCGCUGCCACUGGACGCAACAAACUUCCAGAGCUGGCUCGAAACGACUGCCACAUGCAUCCGGGAACAACUGGAGAGCAGUCGGAAGGUGGUCAGCACCAGCAGUAGUACCAGCACAAACACAGCCCCUGUUAGUGAGGUGCACACCAGUAAUAAUAACUGCAAUAAUAACACUAGUAGGAGUAGUAAUAGUAACAACAAUAAUAGCUUACAUGAUAACAAUGAUGCCCAUGAUGGGCACGAUGUUGAGGGUAAUGAAAGUCGAAGUAAAAAUGGCGCACCGGAGUCAGACUCCGACGAGGAUCCUCAAUCAUUGGUGCUAAAAAAUGAACAGCUGCAGAAAACUGUAGAUCAAUACAAGUGCAUCAUUGCUGACACGGAGAUUAUGUUGAAGAAUUUGGAAACGAAAGUCAUUGAGCAGGACAUUCACUGGCGCUCGGUAGUGCAAGCCAAGGAAAAGGAACUGACUCUGAUCAAAUCAGCCGGUGCGAUGCAGUAGUAGCAAUAGGAACCUCACCCUAUAGUAGCAGUUGUGUAAUAUGUUCGUAUAAAACAAUAACUACAAAACUAGUAGAACAAAGAACGAAGUGAGCAAAAAAGCAGCAAAAUCAGAGCGGGAGCCAACCGUGAGCAGCAGGGACGGGUACGUGUGGAAAUGUUGAAUCUUUGAAAUAGAGUGAGCAUGCAUUUCGAAUUGGAGGCAGGUGGAUCAACAGAACCGAAUCGAAAUUCCUAUGCACAUGUAACAGUCCUAUCCAACAGUAAGCCGAGGAAAAGAUUGUACAGAUUGAGCAUGUAGUGGUUGGAUUUUGUGAUUCGACAGUGUUUCUCGAUUACUGUACUAUAUUUUGUUAAUGUAGAAAUUCUUAAAACACGAUCGUUCUUAUUUUCGUAUUCCUUAUUUUAAACCGUUUUUCAAAGUUUCGUUCACAUCAAUUCUGAAAAGCCAUAUGCUCUUAAGUUUAUAUAAAUCCAACGAACAUUUAACGAAAAAAUAACAACACUGUAAGCCGGUCUUAAGGUGUUCAUAUUUAUCGUGCAACAAAGAUUCAUUAAGAUAAAUCUACAUUUGAAACCUUUAUUAAUACUGUUUUCAUUUGUCCAGAUAUAAAUUUAAAUCGAACAAAACAUUAUCGAACAGUAUAGUCACCUAAGCACACCCCUUUAUGGAAUGAAUGCAUUUUGCUUAGCUUUUUGGUCAAAUUUUUGUUUGUCUAUUAGCGUUAAUUAUUGUUUAAAUUCCAUUGAGAUCGAAAAAUAGUUUUUUUUUUAAAUUAAAUUAUACUUUACUAUAUCACAUCAUUAGUAUCCACACAAUGUGCAAAACUGUUAGUUCUAAGACGAAUAAGGACAUUUAUAAUUCUUUUUCGCAGAAUGAACCGUUUAACAUGAAUUUGUCAAUACAGUUUAUCAAACUAGAGUCGUGUAGAAUUUUAUACUAUGCAUUCAAAUAUUACCAUAUAUUUUACGUCAGGGUAGACCACUUCAUUGCUUGCGUCAAAUUUAUCAACAAAAACAUGAAAGUGGUACCAUCUAAAUUUGAUUGUUUAAAUUUUUCACUUUAUGAUUUGUUAUCCCAACUUUCUACCGUAUUAAAACCCUGUAUCCUCAUGAUGUUCAGUUGUUCAAUUAGUCACUACUUUUUUUGAAAAAAAAAAUGGCACUUCUACCGAUACCUGUAAGGUAUCUGUUGCUGUGUACUGUUUUAUGAGAAUAAGUUGUAAAACAAACUCCCUAUCUACUCUGAAUAAAUAGAAUCGAAUCAUCAGAAUUCUUGUUAUAUACUGAAUCAACAAUCAUUCUAAGUACUACUCAAAUAAAUUCUAUGUUAUCUAAUACGCUGUUAAUCAGUUUCAUUCAUUAAGUUGUGUAUCGUUCUGAAUAUGUUUAGAGUAUGGUGUAUUGAAUUGAAUCGAAAAGCAAAAGCAUUCUAAAUUGUGGAUUCUUCCUCACAAAACAACACCGAAAUAAGUUCGAAGGUUUAAAGUCUCUAUAAUUCAACAAUAAACAAUUUCGAAGGAAAGUGUCUACUAAUCGGAUUGAUUCUGAGAGAUUUCUAUCGAGCAGUUUUUUUUGGCGAAUCCCCAUGAUUUGUAGCGCUAAGUCCGCGGUCUAAUCAACUUGCAGGAAGUUGAAUAAAGAAAAAGUCACUAAAAGACAUAAUAUGAGUUAUUAUUUUUAUACACGGAAGAAUGAAAGUAAUAAAUGGAAUUAUGAAAUUCAAACAUUAGAUAUACACAACACAUAAACUUUAUCUGAUAGAGGAAACAAAUACACGAUAAAAAUAGGCGCGCAAAAUAAAAUAUUGGCAGAGUGAGAAUACAAAAGCGAAAGCGAGCAUAGAAUAACAACCGUACGGCAGUGGAAGCGAAAUGAACCCAACACUUCAUAAAUAAACCAACGCGUUCUGUAGGAAUAUAAGAUUAUAAAAGGUAAUAAAAAAAAACAGAUUAUUUUAAUUAACGAAAAGACGACGCCAGCAGUUAUUUGUUUAACCCGAAAUAAGAGCGAAUCAUUUAGAAACCAGAACCGAGGAGAAGCUAGGUGCGAAACUCCUCCCCUGUGAACGAAGUAGGGUUCAUCUUAAAAUGUGUUCGUGAGCGAAACAAAAACUACUUCUAUCCUUUUUUGGCAUUAAGAGGAAAUCCAAAAACGAAUAAAUCAAUUCUAACGCAUAAA